AUGUUUCCUCAUUCCCAGUCGAAUCUAGGGUACCGUGUUCUCCGCGAGUCCCCUCGAUUCCUACUGUCCACUAGGCUUGCAUUUACCCCUAAACCUCGGACGCAGCUUCGAGUUGACGAGUCUUUCGCUGAGUUCUACCGCAAGAAUGAAUAUGAUGCGCCCCUCUCCUCUUCUACUAUCGAUCGCGACAGUCAGGGGAUUACUGUACCCCAGAGUCGUCUCAGAGUCUACAUCACCAGUUCCUCUCGGAUUUACAGCACCCCGUCGAAGACUCCUCCCAGGAGCGCCAAAGCGCACACCGCCAAGCAGCCCAACUCAGACACAGAUUACAAUCCCAAAGCCACCCGCCUCGCUGCUUUCUUUGCCCAGUACGCCCCCGAGUUCAAGUAUCAACCAUCGAACCCCGCAAAUCACGAGUUCCAUCGUUUGCAAAAGCUGAAGGGAUGGAAGAUCCCAAAGUCCUCGAAGGAGACCUCGAAGGAGGGUCAGGAGAAUCCGACCAAAAAGAAAAAGAAGAAGAAGACCAAAGGGGAGAAAGCAUAUAAAGCGUUUCAAGAUGCUCUCGUGAUGCAGUUUAACGAUACGGCGAUCGGGUUCGCCCCUAUACCGGACACCUUGAAACAUUGUCAGCAGGUUGUCGAACAGACAUUUGUAAAUCUCGUCGACCUCACGGAAAAAAGAGAACCCCUAAUCAAGUUCCGAACCGAACCAGAGCUCUCUUCUUACACACGGAAAACGCACCGAAUCUUUCCCAAGAAAAAUGCGUAUGCCCGUGGCUUGCUGCGUCAUCUACUUCGUAAGAUCGUCCGACCCGACCCAAAGCGCGGUAAAACGGCCAGACAUGCUGUAGCCAAAUUGAAAGGGGCGUCGUCAAAAGAACGAUGA